GGACUGAAAACCAAGUGAGGAGAUGAAGGAGUGCACUGUACUACACCAGAGAAUACAGAGAGGAUAGACACCACAGAUCGAUCCUGACCAUCACCGAAGGAACAACUGCACAACUGUGGGAAGACGUCCAGUCCCUUCACAGCAUUGCUCAACACAGAGAAGGUUUGGCAGUGAAACCAUCAUCUGGAAAUCGGUCGGGUUAGGGAACCAACCUUUCUGAAGGUUCAGCUGUGGGAGAUCGUACAGGGUGAGGCUGGGAAGAAGUGUGAGUGGCUCCAAGUGUGGUGAGAGCUUCAAUCAUUGAUCGAGCUUCAUGAACAACUGACUCAUUCCUGGAGGUGAGAGUCUGCGAGGUGUAAGAGCAGGGCUGCAAAAUUUCUUAAAAUCUCCGAACACACAAGGUGCAUCUGUUACGGCCACUGUUAAGACAAAGGCAUCUACAUGGAAGAGAAACCAUUCAAGUGCGAGGUUUGUUACAAAGCUUUUGUGACGUCCUCAAGCCUCCUGAUACACCAGAGGAUUCACACAGGGGAGAAACCCUUCAGGUGUGAUGUCUGUGAGGCAGCUUUCACCCAAUCCUCCAAUCUCCAAACUCACCAGAGGAUUCACACAGGGGUGAAGCCGUUCACGUGCGGGGUGUGUGACAAAUCAUUCUUGCAGUCAUCAGCCCUCCGCAGACACCAACGCACUCACACAGGGGAGAAACCAUUCAGGUGUGAAUCAUGUGGCAAAUCAUUCUCACGGUCAUCAACCCUACUCGACCACCAACGCAUUCACACAGGGGAGAAGCCAUUCACGUGCGAGGUGUGCAACAAAUCAUUCUCACGGUCAUCCACCCUCCUUGAACACCAACACAUUCACACAGGGGAAAAACCAUUCAGAUGUGAGGGGUGUGGCAAAUCAUUCACACGGUCAUCAGACCUCCGUGUCCACCAGCGCAUUCACACAGGGGAGAAACCAUUCACAUGUGAGGUGUGUAACAAAUCAUUCUCUGAUUCAUCGGCCCUGCGGGAACACCGACGCAUUCACACAGGGGAGAAACCAUUCACCUGCGAGGUGUGCGACAAAUCAUUCACACAGUCAUCGACCCUCCGUGCACACCAACGCAUUCACACAGGGAAGAAAACAUUCACAUGCAAGGUUUGUGACAAAUCAUUCUCGCAGUCUCGAACCCUCCGUGCACAUCAACAUAUUCACACUGAAGUAACUGUUCAAGUGUUAGGUGUCUGACAAAACCUUCACAAAGUUUUCAAGUUGCUGUUCCAUCAGACAGUCCAUACAGGAGAGAAACCAAUCAGGUGCGAAGUGUAUGACAAAUUCACACAUUCACCCAAACUGCUGCUCCAUCAGAGGAUCCACAGGGGAGAAACCCUUCAAAAGUGAGGUUUGCGAUAAAGCUUUCUUCACAUCUUCAACCCUCCUGGGACAGGUGAGGAUUCACGCAGGGGAGGAAGUCCUGAGGUACGAUGUUUGUGACAAGGUUUUCACGCACUCCUCUGAUCUCUUAAAGCUCCAGCAGACUCUCACUGGAGAGAAACCAUUUUGGUGUGAACUGUGUGACAAGGCUUUCAAUGGUGGUCCAUCAAUGAAACAGGAGAAACCCUAUCAGUGUGAGUUCUGUAAUAAAUCCUUUACACAGUCCUGCAAUGUCAGUGAACCCACAUGGAACCACCUGGCCAACGUCUUGCCAAUCUGUCAUCAGAGUGUAAAUAUCUACACAAGCUCACUGCAAAGGAUGUUCAGUGAUAUUGGGGCACAGAACAAGGAGCAGCUUUCACUCACAUUAAACAACUAGUGAUGACAAUGCCGGUGCUGAGGUACGAUGAUGUCAAUGAUGAAGUCACCCUGCAGUGAGAUGCCGGUGAAACAGGACUUGGAGCAACCCUCAUGCAGCAAGGACAACCGGUUGUGUUUGUAUCCAGAUCAUUAACACAAACUGAACAACGCUAUGCACAGAUAGAGAAAGAGAACCUGGCUAAUGUCUUCCUUUGUGAGCAUUUCAACCAGUACCUGUUUGGGAGAGAGAAAGUGAUGGUAGAAUCUGACCACAAACCACUUCAAAGCAUCUUUUUCAAACCACUUCUAUCUGCUCCAAAGUGUUUACAAAUGAUGUCACAUCAUUUGUAGAGAUAUUAUUUGGAAGUGAAGAGCUGAAUGCUUUAAAGAUUAUAUGUGCAAUGUGUGUCUUCGAACAUACAAAGUUGGAACAGAUCAGAAAGAACAAAGUGUUUUUGUUCAAGUGUGACCAUUUUCUUCAUGGAUUACUUAUGUGGAGUAACUUGCAAACAAAAAGGGGGAGACUGAGUACAUUGUGGCUUCCCAUAUUAAUGUGACCUCUGAUGUCAUCAUAUGUAAGUAAAGGUUUGAGGGCAGUAGGGAGUUGUCCAGAGGGAGUAUUGCAGGAAAAAGUGGUAAUAACUGGGAUUCACGGGGAUGCUAAACCUAUUUCAUUGUGGAAGGUAAAUUUAACAAUUAAAUUGAAAAUAGGUGGGGUGACUGUUGGAGUAGUGGAAAAAUUGCCCAUUGCAAGGGUUCAACUUAUUUUAAGUAAUGAAAUAGCUGGGUUACAAAUGUUGGUGAUGCCUACUGUGGUUGAGCAGCCUUUGGAAAUGCAUUCAGCAGAAGAGUUGCAGGAAGACCAUCCUGGAUUGUUUCCAGAUUGUGUAGUAAUCUGAUCACAAAAUCACAGGUUACGACAGGAAGAAGAUGAAUUUAAAAGACGGGGAAAGAUGUUGAUAUCCAAUUAGCUGGAGCUGUUUCUGAAAAGAUUGUGCAGGAAGAAAAGGUUGAAGAGAAUGAAGCAGAAGUGUUUAGUUCAGUUAAAUUGAUAGAGUUACAGCAGAAUGAUCUACAAAUAAAGCAUAUAUAUCAGACAGUUUAUUCGGAAGCAGGGGCAAAAUGUAUUCCAGAAUGUUAUUACCUUAAAGGGAAUGUGUGAAUGAGGAAGUGGAGACUGUCUCAUGUUUCAGCUGAUGAGAAAUGAAUGGUAGUGCAUCAGAUAGCUAUACCAUCUGAGUACAGAAAUGAAAUAUUGAGAGUAGCUCAUGAAAUUCCAGUAGCGGGACAUUUAGGAAUUAGGAAGACUCAGGCAAAAAUAUAAAACAUUUCUAUUGGCCUGGAUUGCAUAAAGAUGUAGCCAAAUUCUGUAGAUUAAACCAGCCCCUUUAAUUCUAAUUCAAGCAUUUAAGGAACCUUUUACCAGGGUCAGCAGUAUUGGGUGAAGUAUUAAAGCCCAGGUUCAGUGAACCUUACAGGAUUGAGAAGAAACUGACUGAUUUAAAUUAUUUAGUAAAUACUCCAGAUAGAAGAAGCAGACGGUGUGUCAUGAUUGAUUGUGUAGGGCUCCUUCCUAAGACUAAAAAUCAGUACUUGCUGACAAUUAUAGAUGUUCCUACAAGGUUUCUGGAAGUGAUACCUUUACAAAAUAUUAUAGCAAAGAGAAUUGUGGAGGAGUUGACUAAAUUUUUUACAGGAUAUGGGUUACUUAAAGAAAUACAGAUGGAUCAGUGUUCAAAUUUCAUGUCAUGGCUGUUUAAGGAAAUAAUGAGCAGCCUGGGGAUAAAGCAGGUUAAGUCAUCAGCUUAUCAUCCUGAAUCACAAGGUGGUUUGGAAAGAUGGCACCAAACUUUGAAAACCACGAUAGGGGAUUAUAGUCAAGACUAUCCAUAGGAUUGGGUUCAGGGAAUUCCAUUCUUGUUAUUUGCCAUUGGGGAUGCGCCUAAUGAUUCAACGGCAGUUAGUUCUUUUGAAUUAGUCUAUGGUCAUGAGGUAAGGGGACCACUAAAAUUGAUUCAGGAGAAUUUAGUGGAUCAGAAUUCAGAAACUACUCUCCUGGAUUAUGUGACAAACUUCAGAGAAAGAUUGAACAGAGCAGGUGAGUCAGCUGAGGAACAUUUAAAGGUAUCACAGCAGGUAAUGAAGGCAAAGGCAGAUAAGAGGUCCAAAGCUCGUAGUUUUGUUGCUGGGGAAAAAUUGUUAGUUUUAUUACCAGUAUUGGGUGAAGUAUUAAAGCCCAGGUUCAGUGCACGUUACAGGAUUGAGAAGAAACAGUGAUUUAAAUUAUUUAGUAAAUACUCCAGAUAGAAGAAAGAAGCAGACAGUGUGUCAUAUAAAUAUGCUUACAAGGUACUUUGACAGGGAAAUUAAACAAAAGGACGUAUUAGUGGUGGUAGAUAAGGAGAAAGAGGUAGAAAUGAAGGACUCUGAAAUUAAUUUUCCUCUAAUCAAAUUGGACAAUGAUUAAAUGACAAGUACUUAAAAUUUUAAAUGUAAUAUUGAGUGUCUGAGUUGGAGAAACUAUUGCAGUCACACAAAGCUAUUGUGGGAAUAAGCUACGGAAGACAAUUUAGUUACACAUGAUGUAGAUAUGGGUGAUUCAAUUCCAAUAAGGCAACAUCCUUAUAAAUUGAAUCCAGUAAAGUUUUCGCAAGUACAGAAAGAAAUUGAAUUCAUGCUUCAGAAUGAUAUAAUUGAGUCUCAUUGCAGUAAUGGAAUGCGCCUAUUGUAGCCGGAUGGAACACAACGACUGUAUGUGGAUUAUUGAAAAGUAAACGCAGUGACAAAAGUGGACUCAUAUCCUAUUCCACAGUUGGAAGACUGCAUUGAGAAAGUGGGACAAUCACAGUUUAUAACAAAGAUUGAUUUGCUGAGAGGAUAUUGGCAAGUACGAUUAUCGGAGAGAACAAAGGAGGCUUUUGUGACGCCAGAUGGACAUCAGUUUAAAGUUAUGUCAUUUGGUAUGAAGAAUGAACCAGCAACAUUUCAAAAACAGACAAACAAAGUAAUUGCAGGACUGAGCAAUUGUUUAUAUUGAUGACUUGAUAGUUUUCAGUCAAAUGUGGGAGGAGAAUUUACAACAUCUGAAAGAACUGCUUGAUUGACUGCAAGAAGCUAAUUUGGUGGUGAACUUGGCUAAGAGUGAAUUUGCAAAAGCGUAAGCUACAUACCUAAGCCAUAUGGUUGGACAUGGUCAGAUGGCUCCAAGAGACAUGAAAGUAAAAACCAUUGUGAAUUUCCCAGUGCCCGCAACAAAACGAGAAGUUUUGAGAUUUGUGGGCAUGAGUGGAUUUUACCGGAAGUUUGUACCAAAUUUUAACCGUGUGGUUGCUUCAUUGACCAUUGACUGAACUACUAAAAAAGAACAAGAAAUUUCAAUGGACACAGUAGUGUCAGAAUGCACUGACAGUUUCAAAACUAUAUUGACUAUGACACCAGUUUUGGUGGUACCUGAUUAUGCCAAGCAGUUUAAGUUGGCAGUUGACACAAGCGAUGUAGGUAUUGGUGCUCUAUUAUUACAAGAUGAAGAAACUGGAAUUGGGAAGCUGAUAGGAUAUUUUUCAUGAAAGCUGAAUGUACAUCAGAGAAAAUAUUCAACCUUCGAAAAGGAGACUCGAGAUCUGGUGUUAGCAUUGCAGCAUUUCAAGGUUUAUGUUGCAAACAAAUUCGUCAGAAACAAUUGUUUAUACAGAUUACAAUCUUUUAAAAUGUUGAGACUGAAGUGCAAGACUCUUCAAAUGGAGUUUAUUACUGCAACCGUUUAAUUUAUAGAUUUGACAUGUAGCUGGAUGAGAAAAUCUAAUUGUGGUGCAUUGUCAACAGUUUAAAGCUCAAAGGAAAUUGGACAUUUAAAACUUGGGCACUGGACUGAAAAGACCUCUGUUGAUACAAAGGAUUUGUACAUAUAUUUAUGUUAAUGCAUGCACCUGGUAAUGUAAUAGUUUGUGUAUUUAGAUAAGUAUAGUAAGUAAUGUAAGAUGGGUUGAGAAAAUGAAGCCGUCAUGUAAAGUUACGACGGUUCAUUUUAUCAUAAGAAUGGAAAUAUCACGAAGUUAUAAUAUUUUUCAUAAUAUUAUUGUAGGCUUAUGGGUGUGAGUGGAUGUUUCUGCCUGAUUUAAUUGAAUUAGAGUCAGAUGGACUGCAAGGUUGACAUUAUCAAGUGCUAAGUGCAAGGCAGACUUUUGAAAUAUAGUUGGACAAGUGAGGAUGAGGGUUCCACAGAUAAAGUGUAAAUGAAAUUUGCAUUUUUAGAUAAAGAGAUGGUAGGAUGUUUAUAAUGAACAAGAUUAAUAGGUCAAGGUUAUUAUGUGUAUUUUUCCUAAAAGGAGAGAGAAUGAAAGAUUUUUAUAUUAUGGGAAUAGUAAAUUUCUGAAGAUGUAAAAUAACCAGAUUGUACACAUUAAAGAGAGAGAAACAUAUAUAAAGAAGGAUGGAAGGUUAUGUGGGGGUGGCCGUGAAAUACCUUGAAAAGAACACGUGUAAAGCAGCCUUAGACACUUUUGCAGAAGUCUGCUGUGGCCAGAAGUAUAAAUGUGAGGUAAAAACCUUUGGAAUUCCACUGUUGAGUGGGUGCUAUGGUAACCUUGCUGGAUUGCUUAUUUAAAUUUAAAAUCUAUUUUGGACUGUAGUUGGGAGUCAAGUUAAUUAGGAAUUUUGGGAUUAGUUGUAGUAUUAAGUAACUGUAAUCUUAUGUCUGUGUUUGAAUUCUUUUCUUUUGUUAAUGUUUUAAUUUAAUUUUAAAAUUACAAAAGGUGUUAGUGGACAUACUACUUCUGAAUUCAGUGUACGAAUUUUCUUGUACUAAACACAAAUUGCAAAACUGUUGUGAUAGUGUGGCCAAGUUCCCCUUGUGGAUUUGGGCUGUCUAGCACAUACCACCUGCCACAUCAAUUCACUUGGAACAUUGUUUCAAAUUCAAUUGGCUCCAAAUAUUUCCGGAGCAACGUGAGUUUCCUGAAGCUUGGGUAACUGACUGUUGAAAUGGAGGCGACUUUGAGCAGCAGAUCAGGUGGGAUUUAAACUUGUCAUUGUCCCAUCUGAAUAAAACCUCACUUAUUGCAGCUUCUGUCUCAGUUCCCCCGGCAAAUGUUUGACAGAGAUUUCUAGUGUGGGAAUAGCAUUCUUCAUGCUCAAAGGCUUUCAAACUCAUAAGAUCA